AUGCCUGGGCCGUGUGACCACACCCCCAAGACACAGGUCGCGGGGUUAGCGUAUACCAUUGGAAUAACUGGAAUUGUUCUCCUCGUAACGGGGUGUGGUGGCGUGCCUUGGCCGGAUAAGGCUCUGAUUCAGCCUUUCGAGGUCUUGGAAUUGGUGGUUUCGCGCGAGGCUGAGUGGAAUGGAGAUAUUAUGGUACCUAGUACGUGGCGAGCCUAUUGCAAGGCUGCCAUGGCUAGGUUAGUCUCGCGCGUUAAUGGUACCUAG